GCACAUCUGGGCCCUGGCUCUCUGUUAGCCGUCCUCCCUGACCCAGUCACCCCCCUAGCCGGGAGCCGGUUCGUCCAGAAACAGUCGUUCCACCUCAGCGGAGACGCCAGUCUAGUUCUCGUGGACUGGAUGACCAGCGGACGGAAAGCGCUGGGCGAGUCGUGGGAGUUCGCAUCGUUCGAAACUGCCAACAGCGUGGAAUGUGACGGGACGCCCGUUUUGCAAGACAAGAUGGAAUUGCGCUACGAAGACGGCGUCUCGAUCAAGGAGAGAAUGGGAGGGGCGCACGUGGUAGGCAUGAUGCUGCUAAUUGGACCCCGUUUGGAGGAGACGAUGCGCCGCAUAGCGCUUGGCCACCUCGCAGGGGGCUUUGCGGCCCCGCGCUGCGACCCCCUGGGAACGAUGAAAGCUGCCAAAGCUGACGCGGGGGACCCCCUCGCAAACCUGGCGUCUUGCAAGUGCUUUUCGGACGGAGAUGCAAACGCGCAGAGCGUUUUGAGCACUUCGUUCCGCGCAGUUGCUAACGGAGCCGGAUUGCUGGUGCGCUUUGCGGCGAGUGAUACCGAGGCGGCAUAUGCCUUCCUGAGGGACGCCCUCGCGCCGCUAGGGGGGCAGCUGGGCAGGCCGCCGUUCGCGCCGUGA